AUGGCCAAGCCAGGGAAACUCAAACCUUUGGACAUGCAGAGAGACACACCUCUCCCUAAACCACUUAUGGUCAAACCUAACUUCACCGUCAACUCUAUGGAGAAUAGAGUUAAACUCCCCCUUUCUGACAAGCCUCAGUGGAGGUCCAACUUGAGAGUUGAUGCUUCUGGAGUGACACUGCCCAGUCAUAUUGCCCAAAGCAGUACAGCCCUGAAGCCGGUGGGUUAUAAAGGACUACAAGACAACAACACAGAUACACAAGCCCGUACUGGCUUCACAGGAUCUUUGAAUGUCCCUUCAGAAGGAAAAAGUGACUUUAGUAGCAUUGGCAUGGGCUCAGAUAGAACCAGACCCCUGAGUCCUCCAAAUCUGAAACCCGGUUUACCAAAAGAUAAUGCUUCACCACUGUCUGAACAGCACAACUCUGCUUUGCUUGUGCCAAAGAAGAAGCCUCUCCCCAGUGUGUUUGCUUUAGGAAUGAGUCCUGCUAAACCACAGCGACCCCCAUAUGUUAACCUUGCCGUGUUCAGAGGAAACGUAUCUAACACCUGCAACUCGGAACCAUUUUUCCCAGCUCCACCUGCACACCCGUCAAUCUCAUAUGUGACUCCGCCCCCACCAGCAGACUUUACAUUUCCACCUGCACCCCCUCUCAUGGAUCCAGUUCUCAUGGAGGAUCAUUAUGAUGAUCCGGAGUUCACGAAUACAACACAGUCUUCACUAGGUAUAAGCAGCGUUGUUCCUGAGGAGUCAGAUGAGGAGACAUACAUGGAUCUAGAUGAAAACUGGCCAGAAAACAAGAAAGAACCCAUCGAGGAAGCAAAACUACAGGAAUCCAAGGAAGAGAAGAAAAAGCUUGAAAAAGAAGAGAAGAAACACUUGGAACUGGAGAAGAAACUGAAAAAGGAAAGAGAGAAAAGAGAGCAGGAAGCCAGAAAAAAGUUCAAAAUCAAGGGUCCGAUUCCUGUGGUUGAAACAGUGAAGGCCCGAGUGGAACACAAGGGUGGGAAGAACAAGCUUCCACUGAAGCACGGAGAGACUAUCGAAAUAGUGUGCAAAAAAGGAUACCCAAAGGACAACUGGCUCGCUCGAAACAGUGAAGGCCACUAUGGUUUUGUGAAGCCUGACACAGUUGUUGUUGAGAGUGGUGACAUGAUACAAACACAGGACGUGUAUGAUGAUGUCGGGGCAAAUGAUGAAGACAUCAAUCUACCAGCCGUGACAGCAACAGAAAGCGAUGCUGAUAUUUAUGAAUGUCCAGAAGAUUCACCAACUGAUUUCAGCUUCCCCCCUCCACCUCCUCCAGAUCAGCUUGAUUCUAAUGAUGGAGCCACUGAGGAAACGUAUGAUGAUAUUUCAACAGACUUUCCUCCACCUCCGUCUACCAACUGUAUACGAAGGUUCAGCUCAACAAGCAAGACAGAGGAGAUGGACCCAAAAGCAAAGAAAAGGUUUGAAAAAGAGGAGAAAGAGUUUAGGAAGAAGUUUAAAUAUAAUGGAGAAAUCAGAGUGCUGUAUCAAGAGACUGUUCUACAAUCACUGUCCGUUAAGAAGUUUGGUAACAAAGAUUUGCCGGUCAAACCCGGAGAGAUCAUAGAUGUAAUAGUUUGUCCAGUCGAUGGCAAACUUAUCGGCCGGAACAGCGAAGGCAAAUUUGGAUACGUUUCCACUGCUUAUUUGGAGCCGGAUGGCUCUGUUUAUGAUGAUGUUGGAUGUUGAUGAAGUUGAGGUUUAACUUGGCUACGUGUUGUUGAUGGAUAUACUGUGCAGUGCAGUGUAAACUUCCACCCCUUUUUUGUCCUGAGGAAGCACAUUGGUAACACUUUAAAAUAAGCUACCUUUGGUUAACAUUAGUUAGCCUGAACUAAUAAUGAACAAUAAUUUUACAGUAUUUAUUUAUCUUGGCUGAUGUUCAUUUCAAACACUUGAAUAAAGUUUUAUUUAUUUCAUUUUGUUGAUGAUUAUGGAGUUCAAUUAGAUGGAAUUUAGACUCAAUCUUAAAAAUAGGCUAAAAUAUUUUUGGAGUGUAGAUUAAACAUUAAUUCAUGCACUAUGAACUAACAAUGAACAAUUGUAACAAAGAUGAAGAAAUACUGUAAAACAUAUGUUCAUUGAUAGCUAAUGCAUUUGCUAAUGUUAAUGAAUGUUACCUUAUUAUAAAGUGCUAUUAUCCAUUUCAUUUCCAGUUUAUUUUAACUUACAUUCCUGAUAAUAUGUGAGUAUGUGCAAGAAUUAUUAUGAUAAGUACAAUGUUUCAAAUGUGAACAAAGUAUCAAUUAAGGAAGAAGACUUAUUUUAAACAGCGAAAUAUUCUCAGUUGUUACUCGUGUUUGCAUUUAGUAAUCUAAGCUGUUUCUUCAACAAAUGCAGCCAUAUGUAUUUUAUCUCAAACUUGAUUUUCCUUGGAAAUUCUUUUUUUAAAUGUUGAAGUCAAGUUUAUGUUGAAAUAUGUAAAUAAAAAGAUGUC